CAACUUUUUUUGUUCUCUCUUUCCUCCCUUUCAUCCUCAUCGUUUGGUUCCGGCUCUUAUUCAGUCAUAUCUUUAUAAUCUCUCUUUCUACACUAUUGCUUUUUCCGUCUGGCAAUCUACGUCCUCGUCUACUCUUCUUCCUUUUAUCAAAUCUGCUCUUUCACUAAAUCUCUGCAAUGUAUUUGUGAAACACCGAGAGCCUAUGGAACCUAAUGGUCAUAGGAGAGCAAGGACAAGGGAUCCUCUUGUUCAAGAAAACGGGGAUGCCGGUUUAUCAUAUUCCGUCGAUGAACUAGAUCCAUGGACUGCAUGGGCGUACAAACCUUGUACUAUUUCAUUAUUAUUUAUUGGUGCAUGCUUUCUUAUUUGCUCAUGUGAGCCUUUUUGUAGGGGUGUAUGGGCAAUGAUUGCAGUUUUUCUAGCUUUUUGCUUGCUGCAGGCUCCUUCUACGGUCCUUAUUCGGCCACAUCCUGCAAUUUGGCGUUUAGUUCAUGGAAUGGCUGUUGUUUAUCUUGUUGCACUCACAUUUUUGCUUUUUCAGGAAAUGCUGUUUGAUGAAUUUGUUCUAGCCCACAUCUUUGGUUGGUGGGGCAAGGCCAUUUUAAUCCAUAAUCAGCCACUUCUCUGGGUGCUUUCAAUUGGAUUUGAGUUGAUGGAGUUUAGCUUCCAACACAUGCUACCCAACUUUAAUGAGUGCUGGUGGGACGGCAUUAUUCUUGAUAUUUUGACAUGUAAUUGGUUUGGUAUUUGGGCUGGAAUGCAUACUGUUAGGUACUUUGACGGGAGAACUUAUCAGUGGGUUGGUAUAAGUCGCCAGCCUAACAUCAUUGGCAAAUGGGACAAAGAUGAAUGGCACCCUCUCCUUGGUCCAUGGCGUUUCAUUCAAGUUCUCAGCCUUUGCAUUGUCUUCUUGACAGUGGAACUUAAUACAUUCUUUCUAAAAUUUUGUCUCUGGAUUCCUCCUCGAAACCCUGUGAUUCUGUAUAGGUUGAUCUUGUGGUGGCUAAUAACAGUACCAACAAUUCGUGAAUACAACUCAUACCUCCAAGACCGAAAACCAGUGAAAAAGGUUGGAGCAUUUUGUUGGCUUUCCCUUGCAAUUUGCAUUGUUGAGCUUCUCAUUUGCAUCAAGUUUGGACAUGGUUUAUAUCCUAAGCCGAUGCCAAAGUGAUUGGUGGUUUUCUGGCUGUCUGUUGGAGUAGCCCUUGUUUCAUUCAUUCUCAUUUGGUCUUGGAAACUGCAGCAGAGUUACAGCCAAAAGAGAAGAUAAUUUUGGCAAUGCGGUAUCCGUCAAUGUCCGUAAAUAUGUUUCACUUCAUAAAUUGUAAAUGCUUAUUCCCAGGGUGUGGAUCACAGAUUCCAGUGCAACAUAUUUUAUCUUUGUUGUUAGGAUGGUGAGAAGUGCUCUUCUAAUGUCAAGCCCGCAAGUUCACAAUUUGCCACCAUUUACCAAUGUGGCAAAUUUUUCCUACUUGUCUUGAGUGAAAUGUUUCAGAUUUAGAAGCUUUUCAUACUGUAGUUCUCAUUUUUUAGAUGCUAUUUAUUUUAUUGGAUUUUUCCACCACUUUACAAUGUCUUUGGUAGGAGGGAAAAGAAAGAGGGUGGAAGGCAAAAGUACUUCCUUUCAUUUUUUUUUCAUUCCUUUUUUUUUGUUUGGUAGGAGAGAAAAAACAAAGGGAAGGAAAAUUUUGUUUGAUAGCAGAGAAAUAGGAUGAGGGAAAGGAAAUGAGUGGGUUUUGUAUUUUUUGAAUGAUAGACUAAUCUUGAAUUUAAAUAGAGAGGGAAGUCUGCCUGAUUCAAAAUUUCAAAAAAAAAAAAAAAAAACUUGAAUGAAUGUUUUAAUGGCGUGAAGUGAAAAGAUUAUAAGUGCAGUUGAUCCCAUAAAAAACUUACAUAUAUGACAAUUCAGUAAAAAAAAAAAUUAUAUGCGGGGGAUUAUUUGCACCCCAUCUUUUUACUACACACUCCCUACCUCAACACUCCAUUAUUUACUCAUCAUAUCCCACAUCCAAAACAUAAAUAUACUUAAAACUCAAGCAUUCUUUCUCCUUUCUCUCACAGUUGUUUCUUUCACAGCUCAAACUUAAACCUUAAACUCUAAAAUUUAUAACUUUAAAUCAAGCCAAAAUUCA